AUGGGCGACAAUAGGAAUCUUGAACUUAUAAACAUAGUUUCUGCUAUAGAGGGCAAAAUUAUGUGUGACUCAGUAUUUUAUACAGCUAUUUUCUUUAUGCCUGUGAUGUUUUUUGUAGUGUUCGGGUCUUUUUUUAUAUUAAUUUGUUUUGUAUCACUUAUUAUGCUGCCUUAUCUUGCUCUUGGAAUUUUAGGAUACUCAUCUGUCAAGCAGAAAAAUAAAGCUAUGCUAACAAUUUAUAUUGUUUUGCUAAUUAUUAUAGCAGUUUUGAAUGGAAUAUUGACAAUUCUUUCAAUAAUCAGUCUAGUAUAUUCAAGUAUAUGGUAUUCUAAAAUAGAUUGCUCCAAAAAUAAUGAUGACACUUGUCCAUUAGGAAGAGCCUUCUCUGUUGGGCUGAUACUUUUGAAUUCUUUAACAAUUGUAAUCAGCCCAGCUUUAAUUGUAAAAAUUAUUUUUUCUGUAAAGAAUAGUAGGCUUUACAAGAAAAUGCUUUUUUCAAGUCCAAUCAACACAAAUCUUUUAUAUUAA